AUGCUGCUCUUACUAGACAAAUUUCUGAAACAUUUUCCAUUCGUGAGACGUGCAUUAGCUGAAAUAGAGAAUGGUUUGAAUUACUUCAGAAGAUCAGUGGCAUCGGAUGCGGGUGAGCCGAAGGCGCCUUUGGCGAGGACUGAACCAGUUGUUGUUGUUGCGGCUGCUGAAGACGAGGUACCAGCGUCCCCUCCUCCGCCGAUGGGAUUAAAAGAACGCCGAGGCUCCCGUGGGUCACCGUGCGCUAACCUACCCCCACUAAUGCUACCACCGUCCACUCCAGAGGCAUCACCAAGUCGUUUAUCUCCGAACCGACUUUCACCUCAACCAAGAGAGCCACAGUCAGCACCCAUAAUAAGAGGUAACCCACCUCGUCGUUCUAGAACUCGUUCGGAAAUGCCACCUGAUCCUCCGCCGCGUUCACCACAAACACCCAGACCAGCUUCUGUUUCUCCUAAACAUACAUUUGCUUUUAAGAUCGUAUUAAAAAAAGUGGAGAGUACACCGAAUACCUCCUUCGACCGGCCUGACCAAUGA